GAGGAAGACCGCAUGCUAUGGUUGUUCGGAGAUUCUUCGAAUUCACGAUCUUAAAGUCAUAUGAUUCACAGCAAAUAUAGCAACAAAUAUCUCAAUUGGUAUUUUCCAAAGCCACGAAACGUGCAUUGAGUUUGGAGCGAUAUGUGAAGUGAAGAUUGAAGACGUGAUAGAAGAUGGACGACUACUGCUAUGCUAAGAUGGCGACGUCCGCUAAAAGAGAACAUGAAAGAGAAUCAACUUCCAGCAAAUCACCAACGGAGAUAAAGACGAAAGAUGAAGACGUCCAGCAGCUGAUCGGUAAUCCAGAAGAAGUUUCCCCUCAGUUAGGGGGGAGCUCCACUUUGAAGCAGGAGACUCCACAACCACCCUGCAUUAAAAAGGAAGAGGAGGAACUCUGCAUCACUCAGGAGGGAGAGUGUCUUCUAGGACGAGAGGAAGCUGAUGACACCAAGUUUCCACUGAAUAUUCUCUUUGUGAAGACUGAAGAUGAUGAAGAGAAACCACAAGUAGACAACCUCUUAGCUCCACUAUCAGAUAGUGAGGCUGAAGACGAGGUUGAAGAACCUUUGAGCAGAGAUAAAGACUGUGAAGGUGAUAUGAGGACUCACACUGACAACAAACACUCUGAAUGCUCUACAAAGAAGAGAGGUAAAACAUGUUUGAGCUGCUCAGUUUGUGCUAAAAGUUUUACUAAAAAUAGCCAAUUGACUCAACACAUGAGAACACACACAGGUGAAAAACCAUUUAAUUGUUCAAUUUGUGGCAAAAGCUUUUCUCAUAAUAGCCAUUUGACUCGGCACAUGAGAACACACACAGGAGAAAAAACAUUUAAAUGUUCAGUUUGUGGCACAAGCUUUUCUCAAAAUAGCUGUUUGACUCGACACGUGAGAACACACACAGGAGAAAAACCAUGUAUUUGUUCAGUUUGUGGCAAAAACUUUUCUCGAAAUAGCCAUUUGACUGAACACAUGAGAUCACACACAGGAGAAAAAACAUUUAAUUGUUCAGUUUGUUGCAAAAGCUUUUCUGUUAAGAGAAUAUUGACUCAACACAUGAGAACACACACUGGACUAAAACCAUUUAACUGCUCAGUUUGUGGUACAAGCUUUUCUCAUAACAACUCUUUGUGGCGACACAUGAGAACACACGCUGGAGAAAAAACAUUUAGUUGUUCAGUGUGCUGUAAAAGGUUCACACAUAAUAUAGACGCAGUAAAACACAUAAGAACACACAAGGGAAAAUAACCAAUUAGCUGUUUAGUUUGUGGUAUGUUGCUCAUAUGUGGUGACAUCCACCCUACCCAGGACCUCCUCACUGCUUCUUUCACAAAUAUCUGAGGUAUUCAUACAAACUUGGAUUAUUUGGAGCAUAAUCUUAUCUACUCAUGACCCCAUGUCUUCUCUGUAUCUGAAACCUUCCUGAACAGUAAGAUAGAUGAUGCUUCAAGUGCUUGGUUACUCCUUCUUCAGUCCAGGGACCUGGGGCCUCAUGUGUCAAGUUUGUGCACGCUCAGAAACCUGCACUACACCCUUUUUCACUGCAAAGUUGACAUGUAUCAAAACUGACGUUGACGCAUAAGUGAUGCUGGGUAACUGUUUGCAUAACAAAUUGACAACUUUUACUCCUCAGACUGAUUGAUGUGCAAAUCAGAGACAUAUGAACAAUUAACCCCCGGGAUGGAUUGAGAUGAGUUUGCGAAGUGUAAAAUUCAGCUGCAUUUUUAAAUGAAAUAAACUGCUGUUCUAAUUGUGUCCAAUGGA